AUGCCCGCUAUCAAGCCUGGAUCUCUCGUGCUCGUCACCGGUGCUUCCGGAUAUAUCUCAUCUCAUACGGUCGAAACUUUCCUUGACCAAGGAUACAAUGUAAGAGGUACCGUAAGGAGCAAGGACAAGGGUGAAUACCUUGUAAAUCUCUUUGAAGGAAAGAAAGGUAAAUUCGAAUAUGCCAUCGUCGAAGAUAUCGGAGUCGAUGGCGCAUUCGACGAAGCGGUCAAGGGAGUUGACGGCGUUGCCCACAUGGCCAGUCCUUUCCACUUCAAUGCUGAAGACCCCGAAGAACUCUUCAAGCCUGCCAUUAAAGGUACCGUGGGAGUACUUGAGAGUUUGAAAAAGAACAAUCCUGAUGUUCAACGAGUUGUCGUUACAAGUUCCGUCGCAUCUGUGAUGAACUCCAAUAUCAAACCUCCGCACACAUUCACCGAGAAAGACUGGAAUGACGUUUCUCCUAAGGAAUGUGAAGAGCAAGGAAAGAACGCCUCUGGUCAAGCCAAAUACAGGGCCAGUAAGGCUCUGGCCGAAAGAGCAUUCUGGAAAUUCUUUGAUGACAACAAACCAUCUUUUGAUGGUGUAGCCAUUAACCCUCCAUUGGUUUUAGGCCCCAUCAUUCACCAAUGUGACAGUCCAGAUUCUCUCAACACCUCUGUUGCUGUAUAUUACUCAUGGCUGAAGGGACAAAAGACGGAGAAAGAUCUUCCAGCUGGAGGAAUGAACUAUGUUGAUGUUCGAGAUACUGCUCUCGCUCAUGUUCUCGCCCUGACCAAGUCCGAAGCUGGUGGGGAAAGAUUCAUCACAGGUAAUGGACCUCUCAGUGGAAAUGAUUAUGUUCUUGAAAUCGCAAAGGACUUCCCGGAUCUAAACCACAUUCCAAAAGGAAACGAUGAUUCUGAAUUUAAGAAAAAGCUCACAGCCGAAGCCAUCAUUCACGAUGGUUCCAAAGCUACCAAAGUCCUCGGUCUCAAGUACAGGUCUAUGGAUGAAACCCUGAAAGACAUGGGCACAUCCCUUAGGGAAAGAUUCAACUUCUAG